AGAACUCAUUAUGGUGGUGUAAGAGUCAUACAUUUACACAUGGACUUAUCCUCACAGAGGCCACUGCAUUGCCCAUCAAAUCUCCUCCACCCAAUUCAUGAUCCAAAACCAAUCAAAUACAGAAAAAAAUCACAUCCUUUUGUUUCCUUCACCUCACUUCUUCACUAACAAAAAAUCAUCAAGCAGCAAUUUCUACUGUACUUUCUUCUUCUUCCUUCAUUAUCAAAAACAUGGCUGCUGUAAAUGCUGCAGUCUCUUUUCCUUCUACCAAGUCCACCUGUCUUCCUGCUAGAAUCUCGAUCAUCUCUCCAGAAAGACUCACCUUCAAGAAGGUUCCUGUUUACUACAGAGAUGUUUCCAGUGGAGGGAGAGUGGUUUCUGUCAGAGCCCAGGUUACGACUGAGGCUCCUGCUAAAAAAGUUGUAAAGGAAUCUAAGAAAAAUGAGGAGGGUGUUGUCGUGAACAAGUUCAAGCCAAAGAAUCCGUACACUGGCAGAUGCCUUCUAAACACUAAGAUCACUGGUGAUGAUGCUCCUGGAGAGACUUGGCACAUGGUCUUCAGCACUGAGGGAGAGGUUCCCUACAGAGAAGGGCAAUCCAUUGGGGUGAUUCCAGAUGGCAUUGACAAGAAUGGGAAACCUCACAAGCUGAGAUUGUACUCUAUUGCUAGCAGUGCCCUUGGUGAUUUUGGAGACUCCAAAACUGUGUCCCUAUGUGUGAAACGGCUGGUCUACACCAAUGAGAAUGGAGAACUUGUUAAAGGAGUCUGCUCCAAUUUCCUGUGUGACAUAAAACCUGGGUCAGAAGUUAAAAUUACAGGGCCCGUUGGAAAGGAAAUGCUUAUGCCACAAGAUCCAAAUGCCACAAUCAUCAUGCUUGCAACUGGAACUGGAAUUGCUCCCUUCCGAUCAUUUUUGUGGAAAAUGUUCUUUGAGAAGCAUGACGAGUACAAGUUCAAUGGUUUGGCAUGGCUCUUCCUGGGUGUCCCCACAGGUAGCUCAUUGUUGUACAAGGAGGAAUUUGAGAAGAUGAAGGAGAAGUACCCUGACAACUUCAGGCUGGACUUUGCUGUGAGCAGAGAGCAAACCAAUGAGAAAGGUGAAAAGAUGUACAUCCAGACCCGAAUGGCUCAAUAUGCAAAGGAGCUAUGGGAGUUACUGAAGAAAGAUAACACCUACGUCUACAUGUGUGGGUUGAAGGGAAUGGAGAAGGGAAUUGAUGACAUAAUGGCCUCACUUGCUGCAGAAGAUGGUAUUGAUUGGACUGAGUACAAAAGGCAGUUGAAGAAAUCUGAGCAAUGGAAUGUGGAAGUCUACUAACUGGUUGAUUACUUGUACAAAUCCACCCCUCUUGGGUUCUCCUCUCUAUUUUGAGCAGCCUUAUUCCCACUGCACUGUGUAGAUAGGGAGUGUCUCUUUUUUGGAGCCUAUAUUAAUGAAACAACAGUGUUUUAUAGCCAACCUCAUAAAUUUUUGUUCUUGA